GCCGCCACACUGCAUUGCCGUCGCCGUGUCCUUGAUCCCCUUCUCGCCGAGUCGGUCUCGUCAGGAUCGUCCUCUGGAUGGCUUGCUUGGGCAUUCUGCGACGAGAAUCCCAGCAAUCUGAUGGAGCCACGCGGCGCUCGCCUCAUAGCACCUAGCUUACGCCGUCACCUGUUGUUUGGGCCUGCAGAUGACAUCUGCAACCCAUACUGCAUCCUGCAGCUCGAUAAUCGCGCCAGGACCGAAGUCAAGACGGCCGUAUGUUGGAACACAUCUUUGCCGUUCUGGAGCGAGGAAUUCAUCUUUGAGGACCUCGAUGAUCUCCGAAAGCUCAGCUUUGUCAUCUGGAACAGCCUCAAGAACAUGCCCGAUACCCCGAUCGCCAAGCUCGAUCUUCCUCGAUGCCAUUUGCUCAACGAUGGCGACCAGUGGUUUAGUUUGAUGUCGAACGGCUCUGAAGGAUCGGCCCAUGGCGAGAUCCGUUUGAGAAGCCGAUACUAUCCGCCCAUGCCCCCGGAGCGGGCCGUGGCAACCGUCUCUGUUCAAGUGAUUGCAGCUCGUAACCUGGCCCCACAAGCAGAUGCCCCGAGGCCUUUCGUGACCUUGCAUUUGCUCCCCGAUCCUUCUGCCGAGUCUACCCAGCAAACCAAGACGCAGCCCCCGACGCGCGAUCCAGUGUUCUCUGCUGAGACAUUUAUCUUCCCCCUAAAGUCUAGCCAGCCUGAACAGGAGUUGCACGUUUCGGUUUGGAACGAAAAUCUGAUCGACAGUGAGAUGCAGUGUUUCCUGGGCCACCUGACUGUCCCUGUGGCUCAAAUCGUUGAGCAGACCAAGGAGAGUCGGAGUGCCUGGCUGGAUCGGUGGUAUCCACUGCUGCCACGCCCCCAUAUCACCAUGGAUGAAAAGAAAGGCAUCUUCAGAAAGAAGCUUCACUCCGAAGAAGAGCGGAGGAACCGUCCACGAGCGCUUAUCAAGGCCCUCCAGUCCAAGACUUCGGAAUACGGACGCGAUCGACGGGCACAUACCUUUUUCGAAUCUCGCACCGCAAUGGCAUACUGCAUCCACUGCGGCGGCAUCCUUGUCGAGAGCCACCUGCAGUGCUCCGAAUGCCAGAUUUCCAGCCACUACAGAUGUCGAGAUCUCGUUUACCCCAGCUGUGGCAGCGCAGGCACCAUCCGGAUCAAGUGGCAGUACAACGAGUCGUUUGUGCUUCCGUUGCCAUAUUACGAGCCCAUGCUCAACCUUCUUUACCAAAACGACUAUGCCUUGCUGAUGCUGAUUGGAAAAGUCAGCCCCGAGCGCGAAGAUGCUGCUAAAUGCCUGGUCCGGAUCUUUGAAACCAACGGCAACAUCGGCCACUUCUUGAGAAUGCUUCUCCGCAAUGAAAUCCGGAACACACCGUCGGCAAAGACCCUCUUCAGAGGCAACUCUAUGGCUUCAAAGGCUCUUGAUGUUUACAUGAAGCACGUUGGACUCAACUACCUCCAGUCGGUCCUAAAAGGCGUGCUCCAAAACAUCAUCGAGAAGAACCAGCCUUGCGAGAUCGACCCUGUCAAACUCGAGAAGGCCGACAGCAAGGUCCUUCGAGAAAAUAUCCGCAACUUGACCCAGUAUAACUUCCACAUCACCGAAGCUAUCUUUGGAAGCUUUGGGGUUUUCCCAGGACAACUUCGUGAGAUUUUCGAGUUCAUUCAGAACGAAGUCCAGGACCGGUUCUCCGACACCGAGAACGUUCGAUACACCUCCGUGACAGGCUUCAUCUUCCUGCGGUUCUUUGCGCCUGCGGUCCUCUGCCCCCGCUUGUUCGGCAUCGACCUCCCCCCGCUCGAUGCGCGCUCCAACCGCACGCUGGUGCUCUCGGCCAAAGUUCUGCAGAACAUGUCCAAUCUCGUGACUUUUGGCCAGAAGGAGCAGUGCAUGGAGGUCAUGAACAGCUUUAUUUUGGACCGUAUGAAAGGACUCAAGACAUACGUCGAUGAGAUCUCUAGUCCCAACGAGCAGGUGCUUGAGCCUGUCCAACGAGAAGUGGUCAACACUAUCGACUGCGACAAAGAGGCGUCUGAGCUGUAUGGGAUCCUCAGCCGCUCGAUCUCCAAGAUGACCGCCCCCGAAUAUGCAUCGGCCCAAAUCACGCCCCUGGUCCAGAAUCUCGACAUCGAGCUUCAGCGCGUUGCGAGCAUACUCGAAGAGAAGGCGGCGUUCACCAAGAUUGUGCUGCCAACCACGCCCUUUGUGAUCGGCGAGGAUGUCCUCCCCACGGAAGCCCUGGGUGAGCUGGAGCAUGAGAUCAGUACCGAGAAUAUGGUCAAUGCGUACUCCUCCAUGAGCAACAACACAGCAAUCCAUGGACAGAGAUCCAGCUUCCGGCACUCUGUCGAUCUGGCCAAGGAUGCCUCGGGUAUGGUCCGAACCCUGGAUCGCGUGUCCCACGACAGCCACCGAAGCAACGGCAGAAACAGCGGCAGCGACUCGCCGCAGUUGAUCUCGGGGUCUCCGGACUCGUCCGGCAAACGGAGCGGCCCUCUUGCCGAGACAAAGCGCAACCUGCCCAAGGAGGCUCUCGAAAAGAUCCGCCUGGACCUGGCCAACAUUCGACUCAAGAGCCAUCGCAGCCGAGGUGCCCUCGAUGCCGGCCUACACAAGGCUCCGAGCCUGCACCCGACACCAUCGAUGAACUCGGCCUUGAGCGACCCAUCCUCGGGGACGUCGUCUGCGUUCACAGCCAAUUCCAUCGGCCUGAUCACAACAUGUUUCUGCUGCAACGGCGCGAUCCCGCCGAACACGGCCGUGGUCAACUUUGAGUCCCGAACAUGGCUCGCUACCCACUUUAACUGCUCAAAGUGCCACCGAUCGCUCAAGCACACCAACGCGUACCUGUCCGACAACGCCCUCUACUGCGAAGAACACAUCAAGUCCCGGCCGGCCGACAACAAAUGCAACGGCUGCGGCCUACCGAUCAUGGGCCCGAUCGCCGAGGCGGACGGCAAACGAUACCAUGCCCUGUGCCUGAUAUGCAACUCGUGCGGAAUCAACUUGACGUCCACGCUGAUUCCGUACGAAGGCCAGAUCUUUUGCCGCAACUGCUACCUGUGGAAGAUUGGGCUGGUUUGUGCCAAGUGCAAGGAGCUGAUCCAGACCGAGUAUUUUACCGUCAACGGCGAGAACUUUCACGUUGACUGCCGGACUUGCGAUCAAUGCGGCUCACAGCUGGCUGGAAAGGAGUACUUUACCCUCGGCGACCAAGUCUUUUGCCUGGAGCACCGCGGCAACGUCAUCCGAUGUCGCGAAUGCCAUCAGCACAUCGAUGGCGAGGUCUUGAUUGCCCUGGAGUCGCAGUCGUACUUCCACAUCGAGCAUUUCAACUGUCGCGAAUGCCAGCGAAACCUGGCGACCCAGACGUUCUUUGAGAUUGACGACCAGCCGUACUGCAAGACGUGCUAUCUCAAGAACAGUACUGUCUAAGGCCGACACAGGACGAUGGCUCUGUUUAUUGUAUCCUUUACUCGCCCCCUUUUUUUCUUUCUUCCUUCCUUCCUUUCAGCCUGAGCCCCUCCUCUCCCACCCACCCCAUCAGUCCUGAUGCACCU